AUGGAGGGUGUCAGCUUCAUAACUGGCCUUCCUGGUCUAGUGACCGCUUGCGCCCAGAUCUACGAGCUCACCGUCACGGCAAGGCGUAUGGGAGACGAAGGAGUCCUCCUUGUUUACAAGGUCGUUAUUGAGCAAGCGAAGUUCCAGGCGUGGCUGGAAGAUGCCGGAUGGUUAAGUGACCCAGGUCCAAACAGGUCGCUCAGACCAGUCAUGCAAAAGGUGAUCUUCGACACGCUGCAAGCCAUCAAGCUCACGUUGAAAAGUCUUGGGGCUCUCAUCGACAAGUACGAGCUCGACGAGGGAGGCGAAGUGACCAGUCUUCACUUUGCGUUACCUGACAAAUUCUGGAAGUUUGCACCGUCCGCGUCAGGGAAAUCCGCCGACGAUCGAUCCCGAAUCAUCAGCAGAAGAAAUCGCAUCAAAAGGCUGCUUUGGGCAGCUGGAGAUGCACAGCUUGCUAAGUCACUGAUCGACGACCUUCGAAAAUUCAAUGAAGAUCUGCGGGCCACAAGUGGAGAUAUGCAACGAGCUACUUUCUCGACGUUGCCAUCCAGGGUCCUUCCUCAAGUCCUCGACGACGACAACCUAAAGCGGCUUAUAGAAGCGUCUGCUGAGGGCGAGCCUGACUUGAAUAGAUGCGCAGCCAUCAAGAAGGAGGUACUCGACACCAUCAAAGGCGGCCAAAAUCCUCCAGAUCCACAGUCGCCGAUGCGAAGAGGCAUGACCACCGUCGUGAACAAGGAACCGGGCGCUCUGGCAAGCAGGAGGCUCGCGACCUACUCUCCGCGAGGCGGCGGUCAACAGACCGUGGUUCUCGAGGACAAAUCUUACGCCUCCAACAACGACGAAGAGUUUACUGAGAAACGAGUGCAAGAGAUCUCACAGAUCCUCGCAGUUACACCCAAGCCGGAAAAGCUCCGUAUCCUGGACUGUCUGGGAUAUGUGCCAAUGCGGCAAAAGGGUUGCUUUACUUUCAUCUACAACCUCCCGACCUGGGCAGAUCCAACCCGGAAGCCAAUCUCACUCGCUGAAAUCCUUCCUGCUGGCCCCAACAGUCUCAAGAAACCUCCACUGGGUACUCGGGUUGAUUUGGCCCGUUCGCUGGCGAGCUCCUUGCUUCUCCUUCAGGCUUGCGGGAUCCUGCACAAAGGCUUGAAACCCGAGAACAUCGUGUUCUUCAGACUCUCACCCAAACCUGAGUAUGACUUGUCUCGGCCGUACAUUGUUGGCUUUGACUAUGCUCGGCUGCACAUGACACAGUUUGUCUCUGACGACCUGGAGCUCCGGGAGUCCGACCUGAGUUAUGCUCAUCCUGCCUACAACUUCACCAGGAGCCAGCGCUAUGUGGAGAUCUUCGACAUCUACAGUCUCGGCAUCUUGCUCCUGCAAGUGGGACUAUGGAAGGACCUCUUCUCGAUUUUGAAAGAAUGGGCCGAGGCUGACGAGAAGGAGACUGACGAGAAGGCGCCUACUAGUCGCGUCGACCUCCAGCAAACCAUUAUUCACCAGAUACGCAAGCUGGAACCUGAGGUCGGCGAAAUUUUCACCAGAGUUGUAGCUAGGUGCGUGACGAGCGAUCUUGGGAACGAGGGGCUAGCGACGGAGAUCAAUCAUAGCGCCAUUGAAACCUUCCUGCGCGAACUUCAGAUAGAUACCAGCAAAGCCCAUGAUGAGGUUCAGAGGAAUCUGGAGAGAAACAUUGUGCUUGCCCUGGAGAAAUGUGUUGCUUAG